AGAAGGAGACACACCUGAGAGGAUCUCACACAGCCAGAGGAGCCUUCCAGCACCACAGACACUCACACAGACCAGCCACCAUGUCUGCCGCUGGAGCUCCUGAGUACGACCCUGAUGCAGAAUUUGUGUACGACUACCAGACUCUUCGUAUUGGAGGUCUGACCUUUGUUGCGGUCAUCAUGAUCCUGUCUGUUCUCCUGCUGGCCAGCAACAAAAUCCGCCAGUGUGGAAAGCCCAGGGUGAGUGUCCUGAUAUCAGACAAUGGAAUACAAAGAUGAGAUACAGGCUACAUCUUGAAUGAGAGGCAGUCCACAUCCCUCCGUCAUUGGUCAAGAAAUGAAAAUGUGGUGUUGUUGAUGCCACAGUGAUCCAUUGAGCAAGUUGCUCUCAGGGAAAGCAGUUAUGAAGCAGUAUUUAAGUGACAUCUGCUGGUCAUUUUGAGACAUAGAGUAAGGGGUCUGGAAGACUUACUUGACUGAAGUGCUCCUAUAAGGAGCAUAGGCCAUUGAUGAAUGCCAUCCAUCUCACUCGGUUUGGGCCAGGUUUUUCCAGGUCACACCAGUUGUGGCAGCUCUUAAUCAUUUCUCCCUGAACGUCUAUCUUCCAAGUGUUUCUUGGGUACUG